AUGGGGAGGUUGAUUAAUUUGCGCUAUCUUGAUGUUAGCGGGUCUAAUUCAUUGGAAGAAAUGCCAAAUGAUAUAGGUCAAUUAAAAAGUUUGCAGAAAUUGCCUAAUUUUACUGUGGGCAAAGAAAGUGGAUUCAGAUUUGGAGAAUUGUGGAAGCUUUCAGAGAUUCGAGGAAGACUUGAAAUUUCAAAAAUGGAGAAUGUGGUGGGUGUUGAGGAUGCAUUGCAGGCGAAUAUGAAGGAUAAGAAAUACCUUGAUGAGUUAUCCUUGAAUUGGAGUUGGGGGAUUAGUCAUGAUGCUAUACAAGAUGAUAUUCUCAACAGGCUAACACCUCAUCCAAAUUUAAAAAAACUGUCCAUUCAACACUAUCCUGGUCUAACAUUUCCAGAUUGGCUUGGAGAUGGAUCAUUUUCAAAGCUCGUGUCCCUUCAGCUUUCGAAUUGUGGGAAUUGCUCAACAUUGCCGCCACUGGGGCAGCUACCUUGUCUUGAACAUAUAAAGAUCUCAAAAAUGAGUGGAGUAGUGAUGGUGGGUAGUGAGUUUUAUGGGAAUUCUUCUUCCUCGCUUCAUCCCUCCUUCCCAUCCCUGCAAACUCUAUCAUUUGAAGAUAUGUCCAAUUGGGAGAAAUGGUUAUGUUGUGGAGAAUUCCCUCGUCUCCAGGAGCUUUCUAUAAGGCUAUGUCCAAAACUCACUGGGGAAUUACCAAUGCACCUUUCUUCAUUGCAGGAACUUAACCUUAAAGAUUGUCCGCAACUGCUUGUGCCUACACUCAACGUUCUUGCUGCCCGUGAAUUGCAGUUGAAAAGGCAAACUUGUGGGUUCACAACUAGUCAAACUUCAAAAAUUGAAAUUUCAGACGUCUCUCAGUUGAAGCAACUUCCACUGGUACCCCACUAUCUCUACAUUAGAAAAUCUGAUUCUGUGGAGUCUCUACUAGAGGAGGAAAUCCUGCAAACCAACAUGUACAGUUUGGAAAUUUGUGAUUGCUCUUUUUACAGAUCCCCAAACAAAGUUGGCUUACCCAGUACAUUGAAAUCGUUAUCAAUCUCUGAUUGUACCAAAUUGGACCUUCUUCUACCUGAGUUGUUCAGAUGCCAUCACCCGGUUCUCGAAAAUCUAUCAAUCAAUGGCGGUACCUGUGAUUCUCUCUUGUUGUCCUUCUCAGUAUUGGACAUCUUCCCCAGGUUGACUGAUUUCGAAAUAAAUGGUCUUAAGGGGCUUGAGGAGCUCUGCAUCUCGAUUUCAGAGGGGGAUCCCACAUCUCUUCGUAAUUUGAAGAUCCAUCGGUGCCUUAAUCUUGUAUACAUCCAACUGCCUGCUCUUGACUCGAUGUACCAUGAUAUUUGGAAUUGCUCCAAUCUCAAAUUGCUGGCGCACACCCAUUCAUCUCUGCAGAAACUGUGUUUAGCGGAUUGUCCAGAAUUGUUGUUGCACAGGGAGGGUUUGCCUUCCAACCUACGGGAACUUGCAAUAUGGCGCUGCAACCAACUCACGUCACAGGUGGACUGGGAUUUGCAAAGACUGACCUCUCUUACUCAUUUCACAAUCGGAGGUGGAUGUGAAGGCGUGGAAUUAUUUCCCAAGGAGUGUCUGCUGCCCUCUUCUCUAACUCAUCUUUCAAUCUGUGUUCUUCCAAAUCUCAACUCUCUUGACAACAAGGGGCUUCAACAACUCACCUCUCUUCGAGAAUUACGGAUCGAGAACUGCCCUGAGCUCCAAUUCUCGACAGGAUCUGUUCUUCAACGCCUUAUCUCUCUCAAGGAAUUACGAAUCUGGUCGUGCGUAAGGCUCCAAUCCUUGACAGAAGCGGGUCUUCACCACCUCACCACUCUUGAAACCUUAAGUAUCGUCCGUUGCCCUAAGCUCCAAUACUUGACAAAAGAGAGACUGCCAGACUCCCUCUGUUCUCUGGAUGUCGGAUCGUGUCCUUUGCUGGAACAACGGCUCCAAUUCGAGAAAGGGCAAGAAUGGCGUUAUAUAUCUCACAUUCCAAAAAUAGUGAUCGAUUGGGCAAUUACUGAUGACAAUUGCAAUGCAGCUGCAAGUGGCAGUGGCAGCGGGAUUUGUGGAUUCAACAGCUAUUGUAUUGUUUGA